CUUCCCGUGGCCCGGGCAUCACUUCCGGUAGAUGAGGUCAACGUUUCCCCCCUGAUCCGCCAUUUCAGUCCCGGAGUUUCUUGUUGCACAUUAGUUUCAAACAAUUUUUGUGAUUUCAACGUUUAACCCGAACUGAAUCUGCGUUUGAGCCUCAGUGUCAACUCGGUCCGCGGCAACGCCUCGAUGCUAUUCAGCGGAAGUUGCUAACGCGUUAGCAUCGUUUCCCCGGCGGCUGCGCUGGUCGAACCCAAAGUUUCGUGUAUGAGUCGCGGGUAGACAGAGGCCUGAAGCCUCGGACGGGAUUUCGCAGCCAUGGCCGGGAAUUUUGACGCCGAAGACCGAGGGAGCUGGUACUGGGGGAGGCUGAGCCGCCAGGAAGGGGUGUCCCUGCUCCAGGGGCAGAGGCACGGGGUGUUCCUGGUCCGGGACUCGAUCACCAGCCCCGGGGACUACGUGCUGUCCGUGUCGGAGAACUCCAAAGUGUCCCACUACAUCAUCAACAGCAUCAGCAACAACCGACAGUCCGGCUCAGGUUUGGCUCCUCCUCGGUUUCGGAUUGGGGAUCAGGAGUUUGACGCGCUGGCGGCGCUGCUGGAGUUUUAUAAGAUCCACUAUCUGGACACCACUACACUCAUAGAGCCCGUCAGCAAGGCCAAGGGUUUCGUCCCCUCUGUGGGUGUCCCAGUGCAGCCGGACGAGGCUGAGUUUGUCCGGGCACUGUUUGACUUCCCGGGCAAUGAUGAUGAGGACCUCCCCUUCCGCAAGGGUGACAUUCUGCGUGUGCUGGAGAAGCCUGAGGAUCAAUGGUGGAAUGCUGCAAACCAGGAGGGCCGAGCCGGAAUGAUCCCCGUGCCCUACGUGGAGAAGUACCGGCCUGCCUCGCCCACCAAUGCCGGUCUGGGUCCCCCUUCUGUGGGGGCAGGACAGGGGGGGCAAAUUGCAGGGGUAGCAGCUAGCACAGACGGAACAGGGGCCUCGCCGCCCACCCCUUUGGGGGACCCAGGCCAGUACGCUCAGCCUGUUGUCAGCACUCAGCUUCCCAACCUACAGAAUGGGCCCGUGUUUGCUCGAGCCAUUCAGAAGAGGGUGCCCAACGCCUACGACAAGACAGCGCUCGCUCUUGAGGUGGGAGACAUGGUGAAAGUGACCAAGAUCAACGUGAACGGCCAGUGGGAGGGCGAGUGCAAGGGCAAACGAGGCCACUUCCCCUUCACCCACGUGCGACUGUUGGAACAACAGCAUCCCGAUGACGAGAGCUGAGAAACACACGCGCUCCCAUCACCUGCGCACACCCCUUCUCUUUUGACCUGUUCAGAAAGAUUUAUACAAGCACACAGUAUAUGAACUUACGAGUAAAACCAAUGAGGCGCUCCUGACCCUGCCAGCACAACACGUGUGUGGGCUGAUGUUGCCUAAUGUCGUCUGUCACACUAAGAGUUUACACUAAGGUUAGACUGAUAUCGGUUUGCCUAUAUUAGCUUCUUUUUUCAAUUCAACGUCACACAUCAGUUUUUUUCUUCCUCCUCGACCGUGGCCACAUGGAAAGUCUUCAAAACCUGCAAUGAAACAUUUCCAGCAAGUAGAUGGUGACAUUUAUCGAUAUUUAUUGGUGUCAAAUUUCAAUUGAAAACACACAUGGGAAUUCUUUACCUCUGUCCAUCCACUACAGAGAGAAGUGUGUUCAGCCGAGUGUAGCUUCAUGGCGGUCAACAACUUCCAGUAACUUCAAGGCAUUUUCUUUUUUACUUUUUCUGUAAUUGUUGUUGAGCAGGCGUAGAGGUAAAACAUUGAUUUAAGGUUCACUCAAACCUAACCUGGUUGGUUAAUGAUGACUUUCAGUUUGGGUGUUUGGUCGAUGCAGCACAAGGCUCUACCUUUUUGUCUUGUUUCUACGUAUUGGGCAUUAUUUAUUACACACUAGAUCCAGUAGCCGUCUCAACUAGAAGGGCACUCGGUGGAGAACACACCUCCGCCAAGGCCCAACAGUCCCCUUGAUUUCAAUCAAGCUGCAGAAACUCAGAGAAACCAGUUCCCUGAUUAUUUUAAUCAAAAUCUAUGCAACCAAAAAAAUUAAGUUUGACAUUAAAACAAUUUCUUUAUCAAAGACCAGGGUUCUUAGUGACUUCACCCUCAAAAGAAGCUUCUAACACUACGAAUUUAAUCAGGUAUGAUGGCGAUGAUAGAUAUUCAGUGGAAAAGGUAUGAAAAUUGUCAAAUUAAAUAGUUUGAAUUAGAGUCUGACUGAUGUGGACCUUUUUGGGGGCUGAUGCCAAUACCAAUAUUUGAGAUUUUUAAACUUUCAAUACCAAAACAUCAGCUGACAAAGGUAUAUAUAUUUUUUAAAUUGUCUGAUUCCGAGGAUGUCGUUAUCAAACCCUUAUGACAAAGAAAUGUAAUCGAGGCUAGAAAGAAAAUACAACCAAAUACAUACAAAAUUGUUCUUCAAAUAUAAACACAAAUGCACAUCUUUUCUGCAUUGUUUACUCAAUCAUGAGCAUAAAGUCAUAACAAUACGUCUGUGGAAGAUUCAUAUCGGAUGAUUUGUGUCAGCUGAUGUUUCAGUCCGGCUCUAGUUUGAAUAUUGAUUCGGACAGUUCCAGCUGUAUCAGGCACCAGUGACCGAUAUCAGUCAAACCCUAGUUCACACACCCCAGUAUUGAAGUCUGCACUGCACAUACAGUUACACAGCAGAGUCGACGCCCCCCCCCUCCCUUCCUGCGUAUCCCCGGAUGGUUCGUUUCAUUCAUACACAGAAGGGAAAAAGAACUGAUUGCACACCGGAGACACAACGCUCAGCUUCUCUCACAGAAUCAUGAAUCAGUGAGUUUUUUUUUUUUCCAAGUGCCAGACUUUGAACCUCAGAGCAAAACGAGCAAAGACUUUUCCUGACGUCGCGUGGAGGAGGACGGUCCGCCUCGCAAAGACGACGUCACCAACUUACUACAUGCUACCCACACUACAAACCAAGUCCUCUUUUUUUGUACUAAAAGUGGAAAAUAUUAUUAUAGAAUUGACUUUAUAUGAAUAUACACACCUUACAUGCUAAAUACUGUAGAAAACAUUUUUCCCUCGCCUGUUAUUUUAUGUUCCUCUUUUUAAACACUAUCGGGCGCCAACAUGGAUGACUUCAAACGCAGCAGUGUGAAAGAACAAACUGAGCAGCCUGUGGCGGAGGACGGAAGGAUUCCCCGAGGGCCCUGUUUAGAAGAUGAGAACGAGGGAUUUUAUUUUUGUCUUCCAGCAAGUUUUUGUUAUGAAUAUCAGUUGCAAAUGUCUUUAAGAACAAAUCCACCCGAAACACUAUGCUUUUUCGUUUUUUAUUUAAAAAUAUUAAAACAGACAUGAUGCCACUCUGUCAUUUCUUCUGCCACUAAAAUGCUGUGAUUGUCACUUUCUGUAGGUUUAUCCUCAGUGAAAACACAUGAGAUGAUUACACAUUAAUAAACAAGUCUACGGGUCAUUAUGUCAAAAUUAAAAUACACUUUUAAAUAGUCAGUUUCUCAGCUAAACGUGCUUUCAGGCCUCUUUCUUUUUCUAUUAAAGGAGACAUAUUCUGCUCAUAUUCAGGUUGAUAAUUUUAAUAAAUGUUAUUCCGUCAAAGGUUAACAGGCUCUAAUGUUCAGGAAACACAUCACUGUCCUCAGACUGUGCAUUGCUGCUCUUUUCAGCCUCUGUCUGAAGCAUUUGGUUCAGACAGAGGUAAAUCUCCCUCUGUUGUGAUCGGUCAACUAGUUCCAGCGCGUGUAGGACAUGUUGCCCUCUGCUCUCCCUUUACCUGACUUUAUUAGGGGGCGUGGCAGACUAGCCGCUAAGCAUGUGGGUUAUCGUGAUGACAUGAUGAUGCAGAAUUGCCGUUCGGAUUACUGGCGAGGUCUUUCAGGGGAAGAGGAGCUCCCUUUACGAUGGUCUUUUUAACUUUGCAAAACUUUUACAUUCACAAUAACAACCUAUAACACAAAGAGGAAAGGAAAAACUGAAAAAGCAUCAUAUGUCUCCUUUAACAUUAUCUUUUGUGUUAGCCGGUUUAAGCUAUUGAACACUUAAAAGGUGGUUUUGAAAUGGUUGAUAAACAUUAUAAAUGGUGAUGACACUGAAACACAAUUACCAGUGAGAACAACUGUUUUUGAGAGAAUUUUUUUAAAUGAGAUAAAAAUUUGGUUGUACUUCACUUUCCGAGUCAGAAACUCGCAUGUAUAAUUUUUGUCCACAAAUACAUAAAUUGUGUUUCUCGCAUGCUAACAGUGCUAAACUGCAGUAGGAACAUGGUUAUUGACGAACCCCAAAUAAUGAAUGUUGAGAAGGAGAACAUCACACACAGUCAUCAGCAUUAGACCUGAACACUUCCUGGAUAACACAUUCGGUCAAGGGUGCAGGACUUUUAAUUAUAAGACAGAUGUAAAAGAAUGAAUAUCUAUAUUUCUGCUUUCAUACCAACAUAGAACACAGAAUUUGUAGACGUCCCAAAAUGUCAUAUUGAGUUUAUAAUGUAUUUAUAAGUUGUGAAAUUUUACACUAAUUUGUUUUGUUAUUGGGGCUCAAAUUUAAGGAAAUUAUUUUUUGUAUCCUACAUAAAUGUCCCAUUUCUUUUUUUUUACCAUUAUUUGUUGAACAUCUCUGAGCCACGUCUGUGGGUCAUAUGCAGCUCUCUCUGUCUCUCUGUCUCUCUCUCUCUCUCUCUUUCUCUAUAUAUAAACACUUUCCAUGGUUCACAGGCCCAAGUUUGUGUGUUUGUUUGUUGAGCUCAGCAAAAAUAUUGGAAUUGAUCACAUUAAUGAUUAAUAUGCUGAUAGAAGUCAGCUUUGUGAAACUACACGAUUCACUACCUGAGUGCCUCCCUGGUAUAAGUGGUAUUUAGGUGACCGGUUAACACUAAACGACUGUUGGUGACUAAAGUCAAAUGUCUGUAAAGUGCUGCUGCAAAUGUGGUGAUUGGGGUUCGGUAAUAUUUUAAAACAGAACAAUAAAUUUGUGUAACAAAAAACUGAAAAUGCAAAAUGUGAUGUCAACUGUCAAGUGUAUUUUAUUUGGUUUGAUUUUUUGCAUAAUUUAACAUGACAUUUUAGAGGAGAUUGUUCCUUCUGACACUUCUAAUGGAAAGACGUGAUUGUGUUUCACAGGUCAGUUCAUUCUGACUUUUUAAUCUUUGACAUAUUUGCUUGAAUGCCUUCAUGCAAAGCGUUACCUGGGUAUUGCAUUUACAUGCCUGGCGCUGACCUCCCACUAAUUGUUGCCUUUAAGAGAAAAUAUUCUCAUUUCAAAGUCAUUGAAAGACAUUAUUGUGAGCUGCUGUCCCUUAGCAAUUAAGACCAAUGAAUUUCCCCUAGUCUUUCUUUUUAAAUAACACUGAUCACGCUACAAUAUGCACCUUAUCUCCUUCACAGCUCAAGAAAACUAAUCACAUUGAGUUCACAGCUCGAGAAAAAACACAUUGAGCCUCAACAAUGCCAAAUAAUGUUUAAUUGUUAUUAUCUAUUUUGCUAUGAUCAUUUUUCGAUAUGUUGCUUUUGUGCCGUUUCACCCUGACUUUGAAGAAGACCGGACAAAGAAAAAGUAUGAGGUUUUUUUUAAAGAGAGAUUGUACAAUAUGUCAAAGUGUUAUUAAAAUAUAUUAUUUGAAGUUACAUUUUUUUUUUUUUUUCUCUAGCAUGUAAUGUGUUAAUAUACCUAGUCAAUAAAAAUAUACCAAAUUUUAA